AUGACAUUAUGGGCCUUAAGACAUGCAAUUCCAUUUCCUCCAUAAAACAAAACAAUGUCCUUGUCUCUUUUCUUCCUUCUCAUUCUCAUUUUCUCUUCUUCCACUUCCUCAAGCACCACCAUAAUCCUCCAAGGCAAUACCACUCUCAAGAGCCCCAACAACACCUUCCAAUUGGGCCUCUUCUCCUUCUCCUUUUCCUUCUACCUCGCCAUCCGCCACACCUCCCUCCCCUUCCCCAACACCACCUGGGUCGCCAACCGCCUCCACCCUUCCCCAACCCAAACCGGUUCAAUCCUCCACUUAACCCAAACCGGUUCAUUGAUCCUAACCCACUCCAACACCACUCUCUGGAGCACCGCCCCCACCUUCAACACCUCAUCAAACCUCUCCCUCAAGCUUCUCGACUCCGGUAACCUAAUCCUCUCUGCCCCCAACGGCCUCGUUCUAUGGCAGAGCUUCGAUUCCCCCACCGACACGUGGCUCCCCGGCAUGAAUCUAACUCGCUUCAACUCUCUAACCUCCUGGCGAACCCAAACCGACCCGACUCCAGGACUCUACUCUCUGCGGCUAAAGCCACCGUUCUUUGGCGAAUUCGAGCUCGUCUUUAACGACACCGUUUCUUACUGGUCCACCGGAAACUGGACCGACGGAAAAUUCCUCAACAUCCCCGAAAUGUCCAUCCCUUACUUAUACAGCUUCCACUUUCUCUCCCCUUUCUCCCCCGCCGCGGAGUUUGGAUUCUCCGAACGCGCGUCGGAGACCGGAACCCAACCUCCGACGAUGUUCCGUGUGGAGCCGUUCGGACAAAUCCGGCAGUACACGUGGAACAACCAAGCAGGCUCCUGGAAAAUGUUUUGGUCCAUGCCCGAACCCGUUUGCCAGGUUCGCGGACUCUGCGGAAGGUUCGGAGUUUGCAUUGGAGAAACUUCGAAGCUGUGUGAGUGUGUCAGUGGGUUUGAGCCUCUGGAUGGUGAUGGGUGGGGUUCUGGUGAUUAUUCGAAAGGGUGUUACCGUGGGGACGCGGGGUCUGAUGGGAGUGAUGGGUUUCGAGAUCUGGGGGAUGUGAGGUUUGGGUUUGGGAAUGUGAGUUUGAUCAAGGGGAAAUCUAGAAGCUUUUGUGAGGGGGAGUGUUUGAGGGAUUGUGGGUGUGUUGGGUUGAGUUUUGACGAAGGGAGUGGGGUGUGUAGGAAUUUUUAUGGGUUGCUUUCGGAUUUUCAGAAUUUGACUGGUGGUGGUGAAAGUGGGGGUUUUUAUGUUAGGGUUCCAAAGGGGGGAUCUGGUGGGAGGAAGAAGGUGUUUGAUAGGAAGGUUUUGAGUGGGGUUGUGAUUGGAGUUGUUGUGGUUUUGGGGGUGGUGGUGAUGGCUUUGUUGGUGAUGGUGAAGAAGAAGAGGGGUGGUGGAAGAAAGGGGUUGGAGGAGGAGGAGGAAGAUGGGUUUGUGCCUGUGUUGAAUUUGAAGGUGUUUUCUUACAAGGAGCUUCAGUUGGCGACGCGCGGGUUUUCGGAGAAGGUUGGGCAUGGAGGGUUUGGGACUGUGUUUCAAGGGGAGUUGAGUGAUGCUUCGGUUGUGGCGGUGAAGAGGUUGGAGAGGCCGGGGGGUGGGGAGAAGGAGUUCAGGGCUGAGGUGUCCACAAUUGGGAACAUUCAGCAUGUGAAUCUUGUGAGGCUGAGAGGGUUUUGCUCUGAGAAUUCUCAUAGGCUUUUGGUUUAUGAGUAUAUGCAGAACGGUGCCCUUAAUGUUUAUUUGAGAAAGGAAGGGCCUUGUUUGAGUUGGGAUGUUAGGUUUAGGGUUGCUGUUGGGACUGCUAAGGGGAUUGCUUAUUUACAUGAGGAGUGUAGGUGUUGCAUCAUACAUUGUGAUAUCAAGCCCGAGAACAUUCUUUUGGAUGGGGAUUUCACUGCCAAGGUUUCGGAUUUCGGGCUGGCAAAGCUCAUCGGGAGAGACUUCAGCAGGGUGUUGGUGACCAUGAGGGGGACGUGGGGGUAUGUUGCGCCAGAGUGGAUUUCCGGAGUGGCGAUUACCACCAAGGCGGAUGUUUACAGCUAUGGAAUGACGUUGCUGGAGCUAAUUGGCGGUCGGAGGAAUGUGGAGGCGCCUCUGUCUGCUGGAGGAGGAGGAGGUGGUGGAGAGAGUGGUGAUGAGAUGGGAGGGAAGUGGUUCUUCCCGCCAUGGGCCGCGCAGAGGAUAAUCGAGGGGAAUGUGAGUGAUGUGAUGGAUAAGAGGCUUGGGAAUGCGUAUAACAUUGAGGAGGCUAGGAGGGUUGCUUUGGUUGCAGUUUGGUGCAUUCAAGAUGAUGAGGCAAUGAGACCUACAAUGGGUAUGGUGGUGAAGAUGUUGGAAGGGUUGGUGGAGGUGAGUGUUCCUCCACCACCCAAGUUGCUUCAAGCGCUGGUUACUGGGGAUUCCUUUCAUGGGGUGAAGGCUGAUUCAGGCAAUGGUGCGUCGUCUACUGGUGGAAGCUUAUCUGAUGGCGACUUGGAAGUGUCAACUGCUGAUUCUGAAUCAUAUACAGGGAAUGUUUUUUCUCCUUUGGAUGUGAAUGUCAAUGUUAGUGUUCGAUAACAAAGUUCUGGGAUUAUCCAGAUUAUAGAGAUGUAACUUAGUAAGCACCCCUUCUCUCCCCUUUUUUUUCUCUCCAAGGAGAGGAUGGGGAAAAACAAGUAACAUUUGAUGUGGAUGUAAAUUAGUUGCCUUCAGGAUGUUGGAACUUGGAAGAGUGGUUUACUGAGCUUCUUAAUUCAAAUAUUCUUCUUCCAAAUGAAUGAAAUAUUAACUUUAUAUA